CACUUACGGGGCGAACAUGGCGCACAGCUGUCGGUGGCGCUUCCCCGCCCGACCCGGGACCACCGGGGGCGGCGGCGGCGGGGGGCGCCGGGGCCUAGGGGGCGCCCCGCGGCAACGCGUCCCGGCCUUGCUGCUUCCCCCCGGGCCCCCGGCCGGCGGUGGCGGCCCCGGGGCGCCCCCCUCCCCCCCGGCGGUGGCGGCGGCGGCGGCGGCGGCGGCGGCGGGAAGCAGCGGGGCUGGGGUUCCAGGGGGAGCGGCCGCCGCCUCAGCAGCCUCUUCGUCGUCCGCCUCGUCUUCGUCUUCGUCAUCGUCCUCAGCCUCCUCAGGGCCGGCCCUGCUCCGGGUGGGCCCGGGCUUCGACGCGGCGCUGCAGGUCUCGGCCGCCAUCGGCACCAACCUGCGCCGGUUCCGGGCAGUGUUUGGGGACAGCGGCGGGGGAGGCGGCAGCGGAGAGGAUGAGCAGUUCUUAGGUUUUGGCUCAGAUGAAGAAGUCAGAGUGCGAAGCCCCACAAGGCCUCCUUCAGUUAAAGCUAGUCCUCGAAAACCUCGCGGGAGACCUAGAAGUGGCUCUGACCGGAAUCCAGCUCUCCUCUCAGACCCGUCUGUGUUUUCCCCUCUAAGUAAAUCAGAGACCAAACCUGCAGAUAAAAUCAAGAAGAAAGAUUCUAAGAGCAUAGAAAAGAAGAGAGGAAGACCUCCCACCUUCCCUGGGGUAAAAAUCAAAAUCACACAUGGAAAGGACAUUGCAGAGUUAACACACGGAAGCAAGGAGGAUAGCCUGAAGAAAGUUAAACGGACCCCUUCUGCUAUGUUCCAGCAAGCCACAAAGAUUAAAAAAUUAAGAGCAGGUAAACUGUCUCCUCUCAAGUCUAAGUUUAAGACAGGGAAGCUCCAACUAGGAAGGAAGGGGGUACAGAUUGUAAGACGACGAGGAAGGCCUCCAUCCACAGAGCGGAUAAAGACCCCUUCAGGUCUUCUCAUUAAUUCUGAACUGGAAAAGCCUCAGAAGGUCCGGAAAGACAAGGAAGGAACACCCCCCCUCACAAAAGAAGAUAAGACAGUUGUCAGACAAAGCCCUCGAAGGAUUAAACCAGUCAGGAUUAUUCCUUCUUCCAAAAGGACAGAUGCCACAAUUGCUAAGCAACUCUUGCAGAGGGCAAAGAAGGGUGCACAGAAGAAAAUCGAGAAAGAAGCGGCUCAGCUACAGGGAAGGAAGGUGAAGACACAGGUCAAGAAUAUCCGGCAGUUCAUCAUGCCUGUGGUCAGUGCCAUCUCCUCCAGGAUCAUCAAAACUCCCCGACGGUUCAUAGAGGACGAGGAUUAUGACCCUCCAAUUAAAAUUGCGCGACUAGAAUCUACACCAAACAGUAGAUUCAGCGCCACAUCCUGUGGAUCUUCUGAAAAGUCCAGCGCAGCUUCCCAGCACUCCUCUCAGAUGUCUUCAGACUCUUCCCGAUCUAGCAGCCCCAGUAUCGAUACCACCUCAGAUUCUCAGGCCUCGGAAGAGAUCCAGGCACUUCCCGAGGAGCGGAGUAAUACCCCCGAAGUUCAUACUCCACUGCCUAUUUCCCAGUCCCCAGAAAAUGAGAGUAAUGAUAGGAGAAGCAGACGGUAUUCGAUGUCUGAGAGAAGCUUUGGAUCUAGAACAACUAAAAAAUUACCAACUCUACAAAGUGCCCCACAGCAGCAGACCUCCUCCUCGCCACCUCCACCUCUGCUUACUCCUCCCCCUCCACUGCAGCCAGCCUCCGGCAUCUCUGACCACACACCUUGGCUUAUGCCUCCCACCAUCCCCUUAGCAUCACCAUUCCUGCCUGCUUCUGCUGCUCCCAUGCAAGGGAAGCGGAAAUCUAUUUUGCGGGAGCCAACAUUUAGGUGGACUUCUUUAAAACAUUCAAGGUCAGAGCCACAGUACUUUUCCUCAGCAAAGUAUGCCAAAGAAGGUCUGAUUCGCAAACCAAUAUUUGAUAAUUUCCGACCCCCUCCGCUGACUCCUGAGGAUGUCGGCUUUGCUUCUGGUUUUUCUGCAUCUGGUACUGCCACUUCGGCCCGAUUGUUUUCACCACUCCAUUCUGGAACAAGGUUUGAUAUUCAUAAAAGGAGCCCCAUUCUGAGAGCUCCCAGAUUUACUCCAAGUGAGGCACACUCUAGAAUAUUCGAGUCUGUGACCUUGCCUAGUAAUCGAACUUCUUCUGGAGCGUCCUCUUCAGGAGUAUCUAAUAGAAAAAGGAAAAGGAAAGUGUUUAGUCCAAUUCGGUCUGAACCAAGAUCACCUUCUCACUCCAUGAGGACAAGAAGUGGAAGGCUUAGCACCUCUGAGCUGUCACCUCUCACUCCCCCAUCUUCUGUCUCCUCCUCAUUAAGCAUUCCCGUUAGUCCUCUUGCCGCUAGUGCCUUAAACCCAACUUUUACUUUUCCUUCUCAUUCCCUAACUCAGUCUGGGGAAUCUACAGAGAAAAAUCAGAGAGCAAGGAAGCAGACUAGUGCUCCGGCAGAGCCAUUUUCAUCAAAUAGCCCUGCUCUCUUCCCAUGGUUCACCCCAGGCUCUCAGACCGAGAAGGGGAGAAAAAAAGACACAGCCUCGGAGGAGCUGUCCAAAGAUCGCGAUGCUGACAAGAGCGUGGAGAAGGACAAGAGUAGAGAGAGAGACCGGGAGAGAGAGAAGGAGAAUAAGCGGGAGUCAAGGAAAGAGAAAAGGAAAAAGGGCUCAGACAUUCAGAGUAGCUCUGCUUUGUAUCCUGUGGGUCGGGUUUCCAAAGAGAAGGUUGCUGGAGAAGAUGUUGGCACUUCAUCUUCUGCCAAAAAAGCAACAGGGCGGAAGAAGUCUUCGUCACUUGAUUCUGGGGCUGAUGUUGCUCCUGUGACUCUUGGGGACACAACAGCUGUCAAAGCCAAAAUUCUUAUAAAGAAAGGGAGAGGAAAUCUGGAAAAAAACAACUUGGACCUCGGCCCAACUGCCCCAUCCCUGGAGAAGGAGAAAACCCUCUGCCUUUCCACUCCUCCAUCUAGCACUGUUAAACAUUCCACUUCCUCCAUAGGCUCCAUGUUGGCUCAGGCAGACAAGCUUCCAAUGACUGACAAGAGGGUUGCCAGCCUCCUAAAAAAGGCCAAAGCCCAGCUCUGCAAGAUUGAGAAGAGUAAGAGUCUCAAACAAACUGACCAGCCCAAAGCACAGGGUCAAGAAAGUGAUUCGUCAGAAACCUCUGUUCGAGGACCCCGGAUUAAACAUGUCUGCAGAAGAGCUGCUGUUGCCCUUGGCCGUAAACGAGCUGUGUUUCCUGAUGACAUGCCCACCUUGAGUGCCUUACCGUGGGAAGAACGAGAAAAAAUUUUGUCUUCCAUGGGGAAUGAUGACAAGUCAUCAAUUGCUGGCUCAGAAGAUGCUGAACCUCUUGCUCCACCCAUCAAACCAAUUAAGCCUGUCACCAGAAACAAGGCACCUCAGGAGCCUCCGGUGAAGAAAGGGCGGCGAUCGAGGCGGUGUGGGCAGUGUCCUGGCUGCCAGGUGCCUGAGGACUGUGGAGUUUGCACUAAUUGCUUGGACAAGCCCAAGUUUGGUGGUCGCAACAUAAAGAAGCAGUGCUGCAAGAUGAGGAAAUGUCAGAACCUGCAGUGGAUGCCUUCCAAAGCCUACCUUCAGAAGCAGACUAAAGGUAGUGGUGUGAGCGAGCCUUCCCGUGACGUCCCGCGCUUGAAUGUCAUGCAGCCAUGUGCAUUCAGUGUAAAGAGAAUACUAGCUGUGAAAAAGAAAGAGAAAAAGUCUAAGGCCACUGAAAAGAAAGAGAGCAAAGAGAGCACUGUUGUGAAGAGCUCCUUGGAGUCUGCCCAGAAGGCUGCCCAGCCACCGCGGGAGGAGCCUCCCCCAAAGAAGAGCAGCAGCGAGCCUCCACCCCGCAAGCCUGUGGAAGAAAAGAGUGAAGAAGGGACUGCCCCUGCACCUGCCCCUGCGCCAGAACCCAAACAGAUCAGCACGCCAGCGUCCCGCAAGUCCAGCAAGCAGGUCUCCCAGCCAGCAGCUGUCAUCCCCCCUCAGCCUCUUAGCACAGCACCGCAGAAAAAAGAAGCUCCCAAGGCCAUUCCAAAUGAGCCCAAGAAAAAGCAACCUCCACCCCCAGAACCAGGGCCAGAGCAAAGCAAGCAGAAAAAAGUGACCCCCCGCCCAAGUAUCCCUGUGAAACAAAAACCAAAGGACAAGGAGAAGCCACCUCCAGUAAGUAAGCAAGAGAAUGCAGGCACUUUGAACAUCCUCAACCCACUCUCGAGUAGCAUCAGUUCUAAGCAGAAAAUUCCAGCAGAUGGAGUCCACAGGAUCAGAGUGGACUUUAAGGAAGACUGUGAAGCAGAGAAUGUGUGGGAGAUGGGAGGCUUAGGGAUCCUGACAUCUGUCCCCAUAACACCCAGGGUAGUGUGCUUGCUCUGUGCCAGCAGCGGGCAUGUAGAGUUUGUGUAUUGCCAAGUGUGUUGUGAACCCUUCCACAAGUUUUGCUUAGAGGAGAAUGAGCGCCCUCUGGAGGACCAGCUGGAAAACUGGUGUUGUCGCCGCUGCAAGUUCUGCCAUGUGUGUGGAAGACAGCAUCAGGCUACAAAGCAGUUGCUGGAGUGUAACAAGUGCCGAAACAGCUAUCACCCCGAGUGCCUGGGACCCAACUACCCCACCAAACCCACGAAGAAAAAGAAAGUGUGGAUCUGCACCAAGUGUGUCCGCUGCAAGAGCUGUGGAUCCACGACUCCAGGCAAAGGGUGGGACGCACAGUGGUCUCACGAUUUUUCACUGUGCCAUGAUUGUGCCAAACUCUUUGCUAAAGGGAACUUCUGCCCUCUCUGUGACAAGUGCUACGAUGAUGAUGACUACGAGAGCAAGAUGAUGCAGUGUGGGAAGUGUGACCGGUGGGUCCACUCCAAGUGCGAGAGUCUCUCAGGUACAGAAGAUGAGAUGUAUGAGAUUCUGUCCAAUCUGCCAGAAAGCGUGGCCUACACUUGUGUGAACUGCACUGAACGGCACCCUGCAGAGUGGAGACUGGCCCUGGAGAAGGAGCUGCAGGCGUCCCUCAAGCAGGUUCUCACAGCCCUGUUGAAUUCUCGGACUACCAGUCACUUGCUGCGCUACCGCCAGGCUGCCAAGCCUCCAGACUUAAACCCUGAGACAGAGGAAAGUAUACCUUCCCGAAGCUCCCCAGAAGGGCCGGAUCCUCCUGUUCUUACUGAGGUCAGCAAACAGGAUGAACAGCAGCCGUUAGACCUGGAGGGAGUCAAGAAGAAAAUGGACCAGGGCAGCUACGUAUCUGUGUUGGAGUUCAGCGAUGAUAUUGUGAAGAUCAUUCAGGCAGCCAUUAAUUCAGAUGGAGGGCAGCCAGAGAUAAAAAAAGCCAACAGCAUGGUCAAGUCUUUCUUUAUUCGGCAAAUGGAGCGAGUUUUUCCAUGGUUCAGUGUCAAAAAGUCUAGAUUUUGGGAGCCAAAUAAAGUAUCAAACAACAGUGGGAUGUUACCAAACGCAGUGCUUCCGCCUUCACUUGACCAUAAUUAUGCUCAGUGGCAGGAGCGAGAGGAGAGCAGCCACACUGAGCAGCCUCCUCUAAUGAAGAAAAUCAUUCCAGCUCCCAAACCCAAAGGACCCGGAGAGCCAGACUCACCAACGCCGCUCCAUCCUCCUACACCCCCGAUUUUGAGUACUGACAGAAGCCGAGAAGAUAGUCCAGAGCUGAAUCCACCCCCAGGCAUAGAUGACAACCGACAGUGUGCACUGUGUCUGAUGUAUGGUGAUGACAGUGCUAAUGAUGCUGGCCGCUUGCUGUACAUUGGCCAGAAUGAGUGGACACAUGUGAACUGUGCGCUGUGGUCAGCAGAGGUGUUUGAAGAUGAUGACGGAUCACUAAAGAAUGUGCAUAUGGCUGUGAUUAGGGGCAAGCAGCUGAGGUGUGAAUUCUGCCAGAAGCCAGGAGCCACCGUGGGUUGCUGCCUCACAUCUUGCACCAGCAACUACCAUUUCAUGUGUUCCCGGGCCAAGAACUGUGUCUUUCUGGAUGAUAAAAAAGUGUAUUGUCAGCGGCAUCGGGAUUUGAUCAAAGGCGAGGUGGUUCCUGAGAAUGGAUUUGAAGUUUUUAGAAGAGUGUUUGUAGAUUUUGAAGGAAUCAGCUUGCGCAGGAAGUUCCUCAAUGGCUUGGAACCAGAAAACAUCCACAUGAUGAUAGGCUCGAUGACGAUCGACUGUUUGGGAAUUCUGAAUGACCUCUCUGACUGUGAAGAUAAACUCUUUCCUAUUGGUUACCAGUGUUCUCGGGUGUACUGGAGCACCACAGAUGCCCGAAAGCGCUGUGUGUACACAUGCAAGAUCAUGGAGUGCCGUCCUCCUGUUGUAGAGCCGGAUAUCAACAGCACAGUUGAGCACGAUGACAAUAGGACUAUCGCUCAUAGCCCAUCAUCAUUUAUAGAUGUGCCGUGUAAGGACAGUCAAAGCACAACUGCAAUUCUUGGUCCUCCGUCGCCAGACCGGCCUCAUUCACAGACCUCAAGCUCCUGCUAUUAUCAUGUCAUCUCAAAGGUCCCUAGGAUUCGAACACCCAGCUACUCCCCUACACAGAGGUCCCCUGGCUGCCGCCCAUUGCCUUCUGCAGGAAGUCCUACCCCAACCACUCACGAAAUCGUCACAGUCGGCGACCCUUUACUGUCCUCUGGCCUUCGGAGCAUUGGCUCCAGGCGUCACAGUACUUCUUCCUUGUCACCCCUGCGGUCCAAGCUCCGGAUAAUGUCUCCAGUGAGAACUGGGAGUGUUUACUCCAGGAGUAGUGUCUCCUCCGUCCCCAGCCUUGGGACUGCUACAGAUCCCGAGUCCAGUGCCAAAGCAUCGGAUCGCAUAGGGCCGUUGAAUUCAAGUGCUAAUCUAGGGCACAGCACUCCCACCUCUUCAAGCUCACAAAGGACAGUGGUCACUGGAGGUUCCAAAACCAGUCAUCUGGAUGGGUUGUCAUCCUCAGAAGGGAAGCGGGCUAGUGCUUCAGACUUGGCACCCAAAGGCUCCUCACUAAAGGGAGAGAAAAACAGAACUUCAAGUUCCAAGAGCACAGAUGGAUCCGUGCAUAACACAGCUUACCCUGGAAUUCCUAAACUGGCACCACAGGUUCAUAGCGCAACCCCUGGAGAACUAAACGUUAGCAAAAUUGGCAGUUUCACUGAACCCUCUACAGUGUCCUUUUCUUCUAAGGAUACCGUGUCCUACCCACAGCUCCACUUGAGGGGGCAAAGAAGUGACAGAGACCAGCACAUGGAUUCUACCCAGUCAGUAAAGCCCUCUCCACAUGAAGAUGGUGAAAUCAAAACCUUGAAGCUCCCUGGUGUGGGCCACAGGCCAUCCAUUCUGCAUGAACAUGUAGGGUCUAGUUCCAGAGACAGGAGACAGAAAGGGAAAAGGUCUUCUAAAGAGACUUGCCGAGAAAAGCAUUCCAGCAAACCCUUUCUGGAACCCGGUCAGGUGACAACUGCUGAGGAAGGAAACCUAAAGCCAGAGUUUGUGGAUGAGGUGUUGACUCCUGGGUUUCUCGGGCAACGGCCAUGUAAUAAUGUUUCAUCUGAGAAGAUUGGGGAUAAUGUCCUUCCUCUUUCAGGAGUCCCUAAAGGUCAAUCUACACAAGUGGAAGGAUCUUCCAGGGAGUUACAGGCACCCCGGAAGUGCUCGGUCAAAGUGACACCUCUGAAAAUGGAAAACGAGAAUCAGUCCAAAAAUACCCAGAAAGAAAGUGGCCCUGGCUCCCCUGCACACAUAGAGUCAGCAUGUCCAGCAGAGCCAGUCUCAGCUUCCAUAAGCCCAGGAACUGGCCCAGGGGUUCAGCUGAGCCCCAACAAUACCUCAUCCCAAGAUCCUCAGAGUAACAACUGUCAGGCUCUUCCAGAACAGGACAGAAACCUGAUGAUUCCAGAUGGCCCCAAGCCCCAGGAGGAUGGCUCCUUUAAAAGGCGCUACCCCCGGCGCAGUGCCCGUGCCAGGUCUAACAUGUUCUUUGGGCUCACCCCACUGUAUGGAGUCAGGUCUUAUGGUGAAGAAGACAUUCCAUUCUACAGCAGUUCCACUGGGAAAAAGCGAGGAAAGAGAUCAGCAGAAGGCCAGGUAGAUGGGGCCGAUGACUUGAGCACUUCGGAUGAAGAUGACUUAUACUAUUACAACUUCACUAGGACAGUCAUUUCUUCAGGUGGAGACGAGCGGCUGGCGUCCCAUAAUUUAUUUCGGGAGGAGGAACAAUGUGAUCUUCCAAAAAUUUCACAGCUGGAUGGUGUGGAUGAUGGGACAGAGAGUGACACCAGUGUCACUGCCACAAGCAGGAAAAGCAGCCAGAUUCCAAAGAGAAAUGGGAAAGAAAAUGGAACAGAAAACUUAAAGAUUGAUCGACCUGAAGAUGCUGGUGAGAAAGAGCAUGUCAUUAAGAGUGUUGUUGGCCACAAAAGCGAGCCAAAGCUGGAUAACUGCCACUCUGUAAGCAGAGUGAAAGCCCAGGGCCAGGAUUCCUUGGAAGCUCAGCUCAGCUCCCUGGAGUCGAGCCGCAGAGUCCACACAAGUACUCCCUCAGACAAAAACUUACUAGACACCUACAACGCUGAGCUCCUGAAGUCAGACUCUGACAAUAACAACAGCGAUGACUGUGGGAACAUCCUGCCUUCAGACAUCAUGGACUUUGUACUAAAGAAUACUCCAUCUAUGCAGGCUCUGGGUGAGAGCCCAGAGUCCUCUUCCUCUGAGCUCUUGACUCUUGGUGAAGGACUGGGUCUUGACAGUAAUCGGGAAAAGGAUAUGGGUCUUUUUGAAGUGUUUUCUCAGCAGCUGCCAGCGACAGAGCCUGUGGAUAGUAGUGUCUCCUCUUCCAUCUCAGCAGAGGAGCAGUUUGAGCUGCCUCUUGAGCUGCCAUCUGACCUCUCUGUCCUGACCACCCGCAGUCCCACUGUCCCCAGCCAGAAUCCCAGUAGACUGGCCGUAAUCUCAGAUUCAGGGGAGAAGCGAGUGACCAUCACUGAAAAGCCGGUAGCCUCUUCUGAGGCUGACCCCGCCCUGCUGAGCCCAGGAGUAGACCCUGCUCCUGAAGGCCACAUGACUCCUGAUCAGUUCAUCCAAGGACACAUGGAUACAGAACAUAUCUCCAGCCCUCCCUGUGGUUCAGUGGAACAAGGUCAUGGCAACAAUCAGGAUGUAACUAGAAACAGUAGCACUCCUGGCCUUCAGGUACCUGUUUCCCCCACUGUUCCCAUCCAGAACCAGAAGUAUGUGCCCAAUUCUACUGAUAGCCCUGGCCCAUCUCAGAUCUCUAAUGCAGCUGUCCAGACCACUCCACCCCACCUGAAACCAGCCACUGAGAAACUCAUUGUUGUUAAUCAGAACAUGCAGCCACUUUACGUUCUCCAGACUCUUCCGAAUGGAGUGACCCAAAAAAUCCAAUUGACCUCUCCUGUUAGUUCUACACCUAAUGUGAUGGAGACAAAUACCUCGGUAUUGGGGCCCAUGGGAAGUGGGCUCACCCUAACCACAGGACUAAAUCCAAGCCUGCCACCUUCUCCGUCUCUGUUCCCUCCUGCUAGUAAAGGAUUGCUCUCUGUGCCUCAUCACCAGCACUUACAUUCCUUCCCUGCAGCUGCUCAAAGUAGUUUCCCACCCAACAUCAGCAGUCCUCCUUCAGGCCUACUUAUUGGGGUUCAGCCUCCUCCAGAUCCCCAACUUUUGGGUUCAGAAGCCAACCAGAGGACAGACCUCACUACUACAGUGGCCACUCCGUCCUCUGGACUCAAGAAAAGACCCAUAUCUCGUCUACACACUCGAAAGAAUAAAAAACUUGCUCCCUCUAGUGCCCCUUCAAAUAUCGCCCCUUCUGAUGUGGUUUCUAACAUGACACUGAUUAACUUCACACCCUCCCAGCUUUCAAACCACCCCAGUCUAUUAGACUUGGGGUCACUUAACCCCUCAUCUCACCGAACUGUCCCCAACAUCAUAAAAAGAUCUAAAUCUGGCAUCAUGUAUUUUGAACAGGCACCCCUGUUACCACCACAGAGUGUGGGCGGAACCGCUGCUACAGCGGCUGGCUCGUCAACGAUAAGCCAGGAUACUAGCCACCUGACCUCUGGGCCUGUGUCUGCCUUGGCAUCUGGUUCGUCUGUCCUGAAUGUGGUAUCCAUGCAAACCACAACAACUCCUACCAGUAGCACAUCAGUUCCAGGUCAUGUCACCUUAGCCAACCAGAGGUUGCUUGGGACCCCAGAUAUUGGCUCAAUAAGCCAUCUUCUAAUCAAAGCCAGCCACCAGAGCCUGGGCAUUCAGGACCAGCCUGUAGCUUUACCACCAAGUUCAGGAAUGUUCCCCCAGCUGGGGACAUCACAGACUCCCUCUGCUGCUUCAAUGACAGCAGCAUCUAGUAUCUGCGUGCUCCCCUCUUCUCAGACUGCAGGCAUGACAGCUGCAUCCCCUCCUGGGGAGGCCGAAGAACACUAUAAGCUACAGCGAGUAAACCAGCUCCUAGCUGGCAAAACCCUGUCUUCACAGCGGGAUCGGGAUCCUGAUUCUGCUCCGGGGACCCAGCCGUCCAACUUCACCCAGACAGCAGAAGCUCCAAACGGUGUGAGGCUAGAGCAGAACAAGACUUUACCUUCAACUAAGCAAGCCAGCUCCACCUCUCCAGGGAGCCCCCCAUCCUCUGGACAGCAGUCAGGAAGUUCCUCGAUGCCAGGUCCCACUAAAACAAAACCAAAAGUCAAACGGAUUCAGCUGCCCCUAGACAAAGGGAGUGGCAAGAAGCACAAAGUUUCCCAUUUGCGGACCAGUUCUGAAGCACACAUUCCACACCGAGAAGCCAACCCAGCGCCCCAGCCCUCAGUUACACGGACUCCUAGAGCGGACAGGGAGCAGCAGGAUGCAGCUGGAGUGGAGCAGCCGUCACAGAAGGAGUGUGGGCAGCCUGCUGGACCAGUGGCUACUCUUCCAGAGAUCCAGGCAACACAGAAUCCAGCAAAUGAGCAAGAAAAUGCAGAACCUAAAGCAAUGGAAGAAGAAGAGAGCAGUUUCAGCUCUCCUCUAAUGCUUUGGCUCCAGCAAGAACAAAAGAGGAAGGAAAGCAUUACUGAGAGAAAGCCAAAGAAAGGACUCGUUUUUGAAAUUUCGAGUGAUGAUGGCUUUCAAAUAUGUGCGGAAAGUAUUGAAGAUGCCUGGAAGUCACUGACAGAUAAAGUUCAGGAAGCUCGAUCAAAUGCCCGCCUGAAGCAGCUCUCCUUUGCAGGUGUGAACGGUCUGAGGAUGCUGGGGAUUCUCCAUGAUGCCGUUGUGUUUCUGAUUGAGCAGCUGUCUGGUGCCAAGCACUGUCGGAAUUACAAAUUCCGUUUCCACAAACCAGAAGAAGCCAAUGAACCCCCCUUGAACCCUCACGGCUCAGCCAGGGCUGAGGUCCACCUGAGGAAGUCAGCAUUUGACAUGUUUAACUUCCUGGCUUCUAAACAUCGACAGCCCCCUGAAUACAACCCUAAUGAUGAGGAAGAGGAAGAGGUCCAGCUGAAGUCCGCACGGAGGGCAACAAGCAUGGAUCUCCCAAUGCCCAUGCGAUUCCGGCACUUAAAAAAGACUUCUAAGGAGGCGGUUGGUGUCUACAGGUCUCCCAUCCAUGGUCGGGGUCUUUUCUGUAAGAGAAACAUCGAUGCAGGAGAGAUGGUGAUUGAAUACGCCGGCAAUGUCAUCCGCUCCAUCCAGACGGACAAGCGUGAGAAAUACUACGACAGCAAGGGCAUUGGUUGUUACAUGUUCCGAAUUGAUGACUCAGAAGUAGUGGAUGCCACCAUGCAUGGAAAUGCUGCACGCUUCAUCAAUCACUCUUGUGAACCUAACUGCUACUCCCGGGUCAUCAAUAUUGAUGGGCAGAAGCACAUUGUCAUCUUCGCCAUGCGUAAGAUCUACCGGGGGGAGGAGCUCACCUAUGACUAUAAGUUCCCUAUCGAGGACGCCAGCAACAAGCUACCAUGCAACUGUGGCGCCAAAAAAUGCCGGAAGUUCCUGAACUAAAGCUGCUCAUCUUCCUGUGAUGGAGUACCAAGACCCAGGGCCACCCAAAGCCAUGCUGAAGGACUUCCCAGCACCCAAGAGCUCCAAGGAUUGAGCGGGCAGUUGAGGGUCCUCUGGCUGAGCACCCUAGUGUCCCACAUACACAUCAUGUGAUUAUAGUCUUGGAGAGAGAAGGGUCUCAAAGAAUAGAUCCCCAGAUGGCUUUCUCCUGGGCCCUCUCUGGUUGUUGAAAAACCUGGGAAACUGUUUCCUGGGAGAAUUUCCCUGCAAGGAGCGUGUAGAGGGUUCCUCAGAGUGGGAGAUGGGGUCUGAGCAUGACCUCAGAGAGCAGUUUGUCAUCCUCAUCUUAGCCCUCUCCCAAGCCCUAAAAGCGACGGGUCAGACAGGACCCCAGAUACAGGGUUGGUGGAAUACCUGGUAGUUUGCCAGUUAGGCCAGUCCUGUGGCCAUCUGUUGAACAAACAGCCUGGUGGUUUUCCCUACUAUCUGUCCACUUAAGAGUUCACUUUGGUUAGGUGACAGGUUUCCUAGCACCUCUGGUGUCAAAAGGCUGUCUUGGGGUUGUGCCAAUUAAUUACCAAACAUUGAGCCUGUGGCUGUAAGUGGGAGUGUUACCCUGUGAGCCUUACCAUAGCCAGUGACCUUUCUUGAUGAUAGGAGCGGCUCCCUCUCUAUCCCUUCUCUUUACUCCCUUCUCCCCUCCUCCAUCCUCAUCUGCUGCUUUCCCAUUCUUUCUGGGUAGCGGGAGCUUGCCUCCCUGCUCAAGGACACUCCCUACUUGGUAUAGGAAGUGCCUACAGAAAGUCCCCCAAGCCUGUAAGCACUCCGGGUGGGGAAGUGGACAGGAGCCAUUGGCCAUAACCAGACAGAAUUUGGAGAUCUCAUAAAGCUCCAUUGAGAGUUUUAAAGAGAUAUAUGUAGCAAGAUUUUUUUAAACAAGAGGCGAAAGAUUAUUUAAAUAGGAUUUGAGUCAUGCAACAGCCAGCGUCCAAUAGCCAGGAGAGGCCCCAGCCCCUUCCUUCCUGGGACAUGCUUACUUUCUUUUCCCUUUCUGAAGACAUAGGAAGAUGAAUUUCUAAAAGGUCAGUGUCCAGCUGCAAGAACACUAAUCAGAUUCAAGACCCCAAACUUGGGGGACUAGACCACAUGUGCUAAGGGACCUCUGCCACCCAUGUGCAGCCCAUGGCUGAGCAAAGUCAAUGACACUACUGCCCUGAUUACUCCUUAGGGUGUGGACAGCCAGCAGCAAAUGUUUCUUUCUUCCCCCAAGACAGUGUCUUGAACCUGUUAAAUUAAGUCAUUGGAUUUUCCUCUGUUCUGUUUACAGUUUACUAUUUAAGGUUUUAUAAUGUAAAUAUAUUUUGUAUAUUUUUCUAUGCGAAGCACUUCAUAGGGAGAAGCACUUAUGACGAGGCUAUUUUUAAACCGCGGUAUUAUCCUAAUUUAAAAGAAGAUCAGUUUUUAAUGAUUUUUUAUUUUCAUAGGAUGAAGUGAGAGAAAAUAUUCAGCUGUCCACACAAAGUCUGGUUUUUCCUGCCCAGCUUUCCCUGGAAAGCGUACUUUUUGUUAUUCCAUGUGUAGCUUGUUUGUGCCCGUUGACAUAAGUGUUCCUUGGGUCUGCUCUUUAUAAUAAUUGAGAAAGAAGGUCACCCGCUCCAUUAGGCCACUGCCCUCCAUGGCCAAGGAACGAGGGUACAGAACCUUAGCACAGCAGUGUCUCCUCCUCUCUGCUGCAUUGCCCUCCUCUGGGUCAGCUCCAGAGUGCCAAGCAGCAGGCUCCAUUUCGUUCUCCCUUCUCUUUCUGAGUUAGCAACCAAGAAGCUGCAACUUGACAUUUGCCAUCACUAUCUGCCUCAUAGAUCAUCUCCUUCCCUUCUCUGCCCACCAAUUCCUUGUACCUGCAAAGAACCCACUGAGCGCCUCCUGCCCUCUCAGGGGCAGCUUGUUGAACCUGAAGCACAGUAUGACCACUCACGAUCAAGCAGAUCUCUGCGCCUGCCACAAGGUUUCAGGGUAGCGUAGUCCAAGUGGAGGGCAGGGCACCCUUUCUCUUAUGGAAGUCAGCAAAGCAAUAUGACGCAGCCCAGAACUCUCUGCCAGGACUCGUGGCUCUGCUGUGCCUUCCAUCCUGGGCUCCCUUUCCUUCCGUGACCUUAAGAACUUUGUCUGGUGGCUUUGCUGGAACAUUGUCACUGUUUCCACUGUGGGAAGCCCAGCACUGUGGCCAGGAUGGCAGAGAUUUCCUUGUCAUCAUGGAGAAGUGCCAGCAGGGGACUGGGCAAAAGCACUCUACCCAGACCUCACCUCCCACCCUCCUUUUGCCCAUGAACAAGAUGCAGUGGCCCGAGGGGUCCCACUAGUGUCUGCUUUCCUUUCUUAUUGCACUGUGUGAGGUUUUUUUGUAAAUCCUUGUAUUCCUUUUUUUUUUUUUAUGAAAAAAAAAUUAAGCUGCAUUUGUUACUGAAAUGAUUAAUGCACUGAUGGGUCAUGCAUUCAUCUUGAGAAGACCCAAAGGCCAGUCAGAGGGUGGGGGGAACUCAGCUAACAGACCUAGUUACUGCCCUGCUAGGCCAUGCUGUACUGUGAGCCCCCUCCUCAUCCUCUUUCUACAACCCCAAACCCUGAGGACAGGGGGGAACCCACCUUUCCUCCUCCGCCAGCUGGUUUGCCUUGCCCUCCCACUCACUGUCAACCACAGAAACGAGAAAUUCCUCUUUCAGCUCAGCCUUGAGUCCAUUGCCAAAAUUCAGCAUACCUGCCAGCAACUUGGGGGAUAAGCCAGAGUAUCCCCACAUGCGGGAGAGAAGGCAACAAAACAGAAGGCACAGCUGUCUCCAAAACACAUCUGCUUUGUUUUGAAAGUGACCAAGAGAACCUCCGCACAAAAGUGCAGGUUGAGGACUUUGCGCUGGGUUAUUCCCAAGAAUCCCCCAAGGGGCAACCCACUGCCCCAGGAGUGACAGCUGUGGACCUCAUAGGUUCUCGGAGAGCCAGCUCACUUCGGCUUUGCUGCUAGAACCUGUUGUGGCUGCAUUUCCUGGUGGCCAGUGACAACUGUGUAACCAGAAUAGCUGCAUGGCGCUGACCCUUUGGUCGGAACUUGGUCCCUGGGCUCCUUCAUUGCUGCCCACCAUGUCCAGCACAACCCUUCCCUGUUUUUAAACCAAUCACAGUUAAGGAGGAAGCCCUGGCACUUCUUAGGUUUUUCAACCCAAACUCCAUUUUCAGGACCCAGCUCACCUCUGUCAUCCCCCGGCCAGUCCAAUAAGCACCAUGCAGCAACCUUGAUUUAAAAAAAAGAAAAAAAGAAGAAAAAAAAACCCUAAAAACAAAAUAAAAAAAAAAUACAACACACAUACAAAAAAAUCUUUUAAUGAAUGUAUCUUUCUAAAGGACUGACGCUCAAUCAAAUACCUGAAAAUACUAGAGGUCACAGCCUCAUCAGAUGUUAACUUUUAUUGGAUUUGGGAUUCUUUUUCAUAGAAACCAAGUUGUUUUUUGUUGUUGUUGUUGUUGUUGUUGUUGUUUUUUAAGGAAAAGCGGGUCAUUGCAAAGGGCUGGGUGUAUUUUACGUUUCCUUCCCUUCAUUUUGAAGCAAUACAAAGUUAUUGAGCAGAUAGUUUUGUGCCGGAUCAUGAAUACCAGUCAAGUCUCACACUCUGAAAACUUGCAACCUUUUUGUCUGUUUGUUUUGGUUUUCAAAUAAGUAUAAAUAUAUAUAUAUAGGAACUAAUAUAGGAAUGCACCAUUGUAACAAAGCCUAGUUCAGUCCAUGGCUUUUACUUCUCUUAACACUAUAGAUAAGGAUUGUGCUACAGUUGCUAGUCGGGGCAGGAAAAUGUCAGGCUCCUGGUGACGGUGUCGCUGACUCCACACACGGAUAACAGAUGCGCACCCGCCCGUCUGAGAUGGGCGUGCAGAGCGGACUGCUAUCACCUGGGUUCUUCCUGCCUGUGAAUGUUGCCAGUCGGUACCUGUACUCCUCGUCUCUCUACUUUCGGUUAUGAAUGUUGGGGUCACCACCUGCAUUUAGGGGAAAAUUGUGUUCUGUGCUUUCUGGUAUCUUGUUCCGAGGUACACUAGUUCUGUCUUUCAACCAAGAAAAAAUAGACUUGUGGUGUUUCUUUUCUUGAACUUUAACAGUCUCCUUAGCAAAUACAGGUAGUUGAAUAAUUGUUUCACGAGCUGAACAAUGACAAGCUUCAUUUCUAGAAUAAGAAAUUUCUCUACAGCUGUGUCAUGUACAAUGGAUCUUUUGGGGGGUUUUUGUUUGUUUUGUUUGCUUCCCUUUUUUUCCUUGUGUUCUUCCAAGCUUCUGGUUAGAGACAAAAUGGGGGGGAAAGGAAAAUGUGUCUAAAGUCCAUCAGUGUUAACUCCCUGAGGCAGGGAUGAAGGAAAAUACUUUAAUAGUUCAAAAAAAUAAUAAUGCUGAAAGCUCUCUACGAAAGACUGAAUGUAAAAGUAAAAAGUGUACAUAGUUGUAAAAACAAAAAAAGGAGUUUUUAAACAUGUUUAUUUUCUAUGCACUUUUUUUUAUUUAAGUGAUAGUUUAAUUAAUAAACAUGUCAAGUUUAUUGCUGCA